AUGACGCCCUCCACGCUCGCGCACGCGCGAUGCGCGCUCGUCACGACGACGUCGUCGACGUCCUACGCGCCGCGCGGGGCGUGCCGUCGCGCGGCGGCGCCGCGCGUCGUCGUCGUCGCGCGCCUCUACGGCGGCGCGCAUCGCGCCGCGACGACGUCGUCGAGAAAGGCGCGGUCGAGCGGCGAGCGGCGCGGCGUCGACGCUCUCCUCCGCCGCGAGGAGAACGUCGCCGCUAGCAGGACGUCAGACGCCGCCGCGACGCGAUCGACGGACGCCGCGGAGGAGGACGCCGCCGUCGUCGCGGACCCGGACGACGACGGUGCCGGGGCGCGACCGACGAUCCGCGCGUCGUCGUCGUCGUCGUCGUCGUCGUCCGCGUUAUUCUCGUCCUCGGAGAUCGCGGCCGCGGCGCUCUUCUCCGCGUUCGCGUUCGCGUUCUUCACCGCGGCGGAGCCAUCCUCCGCGGCGGAGAACGCAACAGCCGCGUUCGCGGACGCCUCGGACGCGAGCGACGCGCUGUUUCAGAUCGCGGGCGGGGAGGUGCCGUUCUGGGCGAACAUGGUCAAGUACGCGCGCUUCGCCAUCUCCGUGAUGGUCGGCUUCGCGUUCAUGUUCGGAAGGCCGAUCGUCGGGCUGCUCAAGAAGCCGCAGACGGCGGUGCUCGUGAUCGGGGGUGGCGUCGCGGGGUAUAAGUUCUUUCGGUUCACGAUCGAGACGAUGCUGGGGAUGAACGACGACAUGACGCUGAACUACUGACGGGACGGGAGGGAAGGGGACGACGGCGGCGCGCGACGAGCGAAUGUGAACGUCAUUGGCGGCGGCGGCGGCGGCGGGGGCGGCGGGCGCCUCGCCUCGCCUCGCCUCCCGCCCCCCCCCGGGGCGAGAUAGCUGAUAACGCGCGUUAAAUACACGUACUACUCCGCGC